AUGUCCGACCAUGAGGCCGGGGGCAUGCCCUCGGAUGAGGACCUCUCCCUCCCCAAGGCCACCGUCACCAAAAUGAUCCAGGAGCUCCUGCCACCCGAGAUUACCUGCGCGAAGGACACGCGGGACCUCGUCAUUGAGUGUUGUGUAGAGUUCAUCCACCUGAUUUCGUCUGAAGCGAACGAGAUAUGCGAGCAGGAGUCGAAGAAGACGAUCGCGCCGGAGCACAUUAUCUCCGCACUCAAGCGACUGGGUUUCGAGCAAUUCCAGUCAGAAGUGGAGAGCGUGCUAAAAGACCACAAGCAGCAACAGAAGGACCGGGAGAGGAAGGUCUCCAAGCUCGAGCAGUCGGGGUUGACAGAGGAGGAGCUGUUGGCCCAGCAAGAGGCUCUAUUCGCACAGAGUCGCGAGAAGUUCCGCACCGCGCAGCAAUGA